UUGGGCGAUGACUUUAGCUGGCGACUGUUUAUAGCAGAAUUGUAUAAUCGAAGUUGGACACUUGACGUGGCAACAUUUUUGAAUUUGAAGUUUCAAACCUGGACCGGUAGGCCCAUGCAUAUUUGUUGCUCCCAACACGGUCGUAUUGUCAAGAAUGGUAUAGAUCAUCGAACUACGGACAUUCCAACGGUCAUCUUGCUGUUUUCGUUUCGUACUCCCCCCUUAACUUGUAAGAACGAGAGAGCAUCGUUAUGGUGGUCGACGCGAAGCGAAGCUAUGAGGAAUGCCGCCGACAGAGGCUGGAAGAGAACAGGAAGCGAAUGGAAGAGCUCAAUCUGGGCAGGCUCGCCCAAGCUCUCAAGGCCUCCGGCCCUAAACCCUCUCCGAUGAAGCAGGCGAAGCGACCUACGCAGCCUGUGGACCCCUCUUCUGUGCGGGUGAGAAGAUCGAGCCGCGUCGCUAGCAAGACCCCUCCCAACUACAAGGAAGUCCCAAUUGAACCUUUGGGAGGCCCAGAAGGUUACUACCAACGAAGAGAUCUGUUGAAUAGAUUUUAUGCUUCAGAUGAAGCACGGCAAAAUGCAAUUGAGAGAGCAGAACAAAUUGAAUCGGGCUUGGGAUCUGACUUCCCCACUUUUCUGAAACCCAUGCUCCAGUCACAUGUCACUGGUGGAUUUUGGCUGGGCCUGCCUGUCCAGUUCUGCAAGAUGCAUCUUCCCCACAAGGAUGAAAUGAUUACUUUAGUAGAUGAGGAUGGCAAUGAGUUCCCAACAAAAUAUCUUGCUAAAAAAACUGGUCUUAGCGGUGGUUGGAGAGGUUUUGCUAUUGAUCAUCAGCUAGUUGAUGGGGAUGCAUUGGUAUUCCAGUUAAUUAAGCCUACCACGUUCAAGGUGUUCAUUAUUAGGGUAUCUGAGUUGACAGAUAAUGAAGAAAAUGACACGAAUUCAGAUGUCUCACCCUUGGAGAGGAGUACCAAAAGAAUCAAACCCAGCAGAAAGUAGUAUUUACACUUGAUGUCUUACUGGAUUCUUCCUUAUUUUGCUCAAAGAAAAAGCUGCGGUACGAUUAGGAUUCACCACUUCUUCUAAUGUAACUAACGUAGGGUUCAUCAUUGUCGAGGUUUUUCUCUAACUCUGUUUAGAGUAUAGUUGUUGUCCUCUGAAAAAUAUUCUCUUGUGGUUAGCCUGGCUUGUUAAUGGAAUGUAAUGAACCAUAAUAACGACAUUGAUGGCCGUGGGAUUGAAGCUUACUACGUUAUUUCUUAUGAACUUGUAGUUUAAAUCUGUGUUGUAUUUCUUUCUUUUUAGAUAAAAUCUGCUUGCUUAUUCAAGACA